AUGCCCGUCAAGACGGAAUCACCAGCUCCUACACCUCCACCCCAAUCUCAAUCCCACUUCGCCAAAUUCGAAAACUUCACGCCCAACCCCGACGCCUCAUUCGACGACGAAUUCAACCGCCUCGCCUCCUCGCAACAAUGGAUCCCCGGCUCCCAGACCUACACCGAAGAGCGCACCAUAGCGAUGCGUGAGGAAAUCAAAACGCACUACUUUCCUUCAACGCAGGACACUCCCAAGUCCCCUGAGCAAGUGACCCUGGAAGGACAUCAAGCCCUAUGUCGGGAGGUGGGCAUCGCCCCGCAAGACUCGCUGGUAGAGUGCAAGAGGCGGUUGAAGAAGACGCUCGUCAAUAUAGUGGACUUGAUUGAUGCGCGGAGAACAUCUAAGGAGGUGGAGGUGUGGCGGGACUUUGAAGCGUUUCGGGCUUAUACGCUCAAGGAUGAGCAUAGGAUUAGUAUGGAGGAGGCGAAGAAGGAUGGGAUUUUGGAGGCUUUGCUGCAGCGGUUACGUGGGGGGAGGAGGAGAGGUCACUCAGUGAGGAUUGGUGAGUCUAGGGUGCUGAUUGGGAGGGUUGCGAAGGAUGCUAAGGCGAGGGGGGGAUUUGGAGGUUAG